AUGUCGGCUUCUAAUGACAGUGAUGACAGUCUUCCAACUACUCUCUUCUUAACGGGGAUCCCAGGACUGGAGUGGGCCCACAUUUGGAUUGCCAUUCCCUUCUGUGCCAUGUAUCUGAUAGCAUUGGCUGGGAAUGCUGCCCUCAUCCUAGUCAUUGCCUUGGACAAUGUUCUUCAUGAGCCCAUGUACCUGUUCCUUUCUCUUCUCUCACUUACUGACCUGGCUCUCAGUUCUACCACUGUGCCCAAAAUGUUGGCUAUCCUGUGGCUCCAUGCUGGUGAAAUUUCCUUUGGUGGAUGCCUAGCCCAGAUGUUUUGUGUCCAUUCUAUCUAUGCUCUGGAGUCCUCAGUUCUUCUUGCCAUGGCCUUUGAUCGAUAUGUGGCUAUCUGUAAUCCACUGAGGUACACCACCAUACUCAACCAUACUGUCAUAGGCAAAAUUGGCCUUGCUGGGCUAUUCCGUAGUGUGGCUAUUGUAUCCCCUUUUAUCUUCUUGCUGAAACGGCUGCCUUACUGUGGUCACCAUGUUAUGGCACACACAUAUUGUGAGCAUAUGGGUAUUGCUCGAUUGGCCUGUGCCAACAUCACUGUUAAUAUUGUCUAUGGGCUAACUGUGGCCUUGUUGGCUAUGGGUCUUGAUUCUAUUCUCAUUACUAUCUCUUAUGGCUUUAUUCUGCGUGCUGUCUUUCGUCUGCCAUCUCGUGAUGCCCAGCACAAGGCUCUGAGUACUUGUGGUUCUCACCUUGGGGUCAUCUUGGUCUUCUAUAUUCCGGCUUUCUUCUCCUUCCUCACACAUCGCUUUGGCCAACACCGAAUUCCCAAGAACGUACACAUAUUUUUGGCUAAUCUCUAUGUUUUGGUGCCUCCUGUUCUCAACCCAAUCAUAUAUGGUGCUAGGACCAAAGAAAUCAGAAGUCGACUUCUAAAACUGCUUCACUUGGAGAAAUUUCCAAUAUGA